CUCGCGAGCCUGCGCCCGGAGUUCCCGCGAGAGCCGCGCGGACGCCUGGGGGUGGGGGGGUUCGUUAGUGCCGCUUCCCCAGCCCCCUACUCGUCUUCUCCCCCCGCCGCCGCCGCCGCCGGCUCAGCUGCGCAGCUUCUCUCAGUCACUGCCGGAGCCGCUGCCGGGAGACAGUUGAAAGAACCGUUUGUGGAGGGCGCACACAGCGCGCGACCAGCGGCCGCCCCUGACCUCGCGCCUCUAGCCGCCUGAGCCCGCCAGCCAGGGUGUCUGAGUAUUUAAAUCAAACGGUUUUGAGAUGGAUUGGGUUAUGAAACAUAAUGGUCCAAAUGAUGCAGCUAGUGAUGGAACUGUACGACUUCGUGGACUCCCAUUUGGUUGCAGCAAAGAGGAAAUAGUUCAGUUCUUUACAGGGUUGGAAAUCGUGCCAAAUGGGAUAACAUUGACGAUGGACUACCAGGGGAGAAGCACAGGGGAGGCCUUCGUGCAGUUUGCUUCAAAGGAGAUAGCAGAAAAUGCUCUGGGGAAACACAAGGAAAGAAUAGGGCACAGAUAUAUCGAGAUCUUCAAAAGUAGCAGAAGUGAAAUCAAAGGAUUUUAUGACCCACCGAGAAGAUUGCUGGGACAGCGACCUGGACCAUAUGAUAGACCAUUAGGAGGAAGAGGGGGUUAUUAUGGAGCUGGGCGUGGAAGUAUGUAUGACAGAAUGCGGCGAGGAGGUGAUGGAUAUGAUGGUGGUUAUGGUGGUUUUGAUGAUUAUGGUGGCUAUAACAAUUAUGGCUACGGAAAUGAUGGAUUUGAUGACAGAAUGAGAGAUGGCCGAGGCAUGGGAGGACAUGGAUAUGGCGGUGCUGGCGAUGCAAGUUCAGGUUUUCAUGGUGGCCAUUUUGUUCACAUGAGAGGGUUGCCUUUUCGAGCAACUGAAAAUGAUAUUGCUAAUUUUUUCUCACCACUAAACCCAAUUAGAGUUCAUAUUGAUAUUGGAGCAGAUGGCAGAGCAACAGGAGAAGCAGAUGUGGAAUUUGUGACGCAUGAAGAUGCUUUAGCUGCCAUGUCUAAAGAUAAAAAUAACAUGCAACAUAGAUACAUUGAGCUGUUUCUAAAUUCCGUUGCUGGAGGAGGCUCUGGAAUGGGAGGCUCUGGAAUGGGAGGCUAUGGCAGAGAUGGAAUGGAUAAUCAAGGAGGUUAUGGAUCUGUUGGAAGAAUGGGAAUGGGUAGCAGUUAUAGUGGAGGCUACGGUACUCCUGAUGGUUUGGGAGGUUAUGGUCGAGGAGGUGGAGGCAGUGGAGGAUACUAUGGGCAAGGAGGUAUGAGUGGAGGUGGAUGGCGUGGGAUGUACUAAGAGUUAACCCUUCUACAACACAUCCUGGCAAACCACAGCAUCGGUCUACUAGACUUUUCUUACAGAUUUAAUUUCUUUUGUAUUUUAAGAACUUUAUAAUGACUGAAGGAAUGUGUUUUCAAAAUAUUAUUUGGUAAGCAAACAGAUUGUGAUGGAAAAAUCUGUUUCUGUAGGUUUUAUUUGUUGCAUACUUUGACUUAAAAUAAAUUUUUAUAUUCAAACCA